AUGGCUCAAGCUAUCGUCGUGGGGAAACCCCAGCUUACAUCGUUCCCAUCCUUUGGUACUUCCUCAUCCUUUACUACCACAUCGCAACUGCGUCGCGAAGCCCCUUUCAACAAUGUUACCAUCGACCACCAAGCCGAGAGGAAGGCACUGCUCGCCUCAGUGCGCGGUCAAACAAUCCGCAUUCCCGACCUGACACCGCUCUCCAAGCACUGGCCCACAAAGACGAACCCACACAUCGACCUCAUGCGAGUAGACAUUAGAGAAUGGCUCGACGCCACCCUCCCCACAGGCAAAGUCCUCUCCGCCCUGCAACGCUCAGACUUCGGCCUCUUCGGCGCCACAUGGUGGCCGCAGGCCGACCUCCCCCGCCUCAAAAUAGUCACCUACCUCGCCGUCUGGCUCUUCACCUGGGACGACGAAAUCGACCUCAACGACGGCACCCUGUGGACCGAGUUCUCCGCCGCGCAAACCUACCGCGAGCAAACCCUCUCCUACGUCCGGUACACCCUCGGCAUCGACGCGUCCCCACCCCUCGUCACAAACCGCAUCAUCCUCAACUUCGCCCCCAUCGGCGCCGCCUGCAGAAAACACUACUCCCUUCCCCAGAACAAAAUGGUCUACGAAGAAAUCCGCUUCUUCAUGGAAAUGUCUGAACGCGAGCAGCGCCUCCGCCUCUCGGGGGCGAUCCCCUCCGUCGACGACUUCUGGCACUACCGCCUGGGAAGCAGCGCUGUGACGGUGUGCAUCGCGCUCAACGAGUUCAGCGGGGGGGAUAUGCGUCUCCCGGCUGACUUCUACACUAACACACACGUGAAGCGCAUAAUACAGCAUACCAACACUAUUAUCAGCGCGACAAACGACUUGUUGAGCGUGAAGAAGGAGAUUAAGCGCGAGGCGAUCGAUAGUCUUGUGCCUAUUAUUUUUCACCAUGGGGGGGAUAUACAGGGGGCGGUGGAUGAGGUCGUGGCGUUCAUAGGCGGGGAGAUUGGAGAGCUGGAUGAGGCGGCGGAGGCACUUUUUGAGCGGUACGAGGGGGAGGGGAAGGACCUGAGGAGGAUGGUUGGGCACUUUGUCGAUGGGUGCAAGCACUAUGUUACCGGCAACUUGACGUGGAGUCUGGAGACGGACAGGUACGGGGUUGAGAGGGUGGAUGGCGAGAUCAUCAUGACGCUUUAG